GUCCAGUACCUACCGCCCCAAGGGCUUUGACGUCACCGUGAAGUACACCCAGGGGAGCUGGACGGGCGUCGUGGGCGAGGACCUCGUCACCAUCCCCAAGGGCUUCAACGCGUCCUUUCUCGUCAACGUCGCCACUAUCUUUGAGUCGGAGAAUUUCUUUCUGCCUGGGAUUAAGUGGAAUGGAAUACUCGGACUCGCGUACGCCACGCUGGCCAAGCCCUCCAGCUCCCUGGAGACGUUCUUUGACUCCCUGGUGGCGCAGGCGAAAAUCCCCGACGUGUUCUCCAUGCAGAUGUGCGGGGCGGGCCUGCCGGUGGCCGGAUCCGGUACCAACGGAGGUAGUCUUGUCCUGGGUGGAAUUGAACCGAGUCUGUACAAAGGGGACAUCUGGUAUACCCCGAUUAAGGAGGAGUGGUACUACCAGAUAGAAAUCCUGAAGCUGGAGGUUGGGGGCCAGAGCCUGAACCUGGACUGCAGAGAGUACAACGCAGACAAGGCCAUCGUGGACAGCGGCACCACACUGCUGCGCCUGCCACAGAAGGUGUUUGAUGCCGUGGUGGAAGGCGUGGCCCGUACGUCUCUGAUUCCGGAAUUCUCGGACGGCUUCUGGACGGGGUCCCAGCUGGCGUGCUGGACGAACUCGGAGACGCCCUGGUCCUACUUCCCCAAGAUUUCCAUCUACCUGAGGGACGAGAACUCCAGCCGCUCCUUCCGCAUCACCAUUCUGCCGCAGCUCUACAUCCAGCCCAUGGUGGGGGCCGGCCUGAACUAUGAGUGCUACAGAUUCGGCAUCUCCCCCUCCACCAACGCGCUGGUGAUCGGCGCCACCGUCAUGGAGGGCUUCUACGUCGUCUUCGACCGAGCUCGGAGGAGGGUGGGCUUCGCGGCAAGCUCCUGCGCAG